AUGCCACGUUAUCCUCACAGGACACGAAAUCACAAAGAAGUUCAAAUCACACAGCAUAUCUUGGCGCUGCGCAAGCUGGAGCUCCUCAGCGCGCGCAAGGUGAGGCAGCUCGCGCCCAUCGGGGACAGCGAGACCAUGUCCCUCGUGAGGGAGAUUUGUUGCCGUUCCUGUGGCGCCCGCGGCGAGCCAGCAGCAGCAGUCAACCUCGACAGUAUGCUGGUCUCCUGUGCUAACUACAUCACUGGGCUGGCGACCUUCGGAGACCACUUCAGCAGCGAGCACAAGGCGAAAUUCCUGUCAGCGAUGGCGGUCGUGCUGAGCAGCGGCUCCGGUUUCUGCGUCUCCAACCUCUUCCCGUCGAUGCGGUUCCUGGACGUCGCCACCGAGAUGCGACGCCGCCUGCAGGUGGCGCAUGAGCAGCUCGACCAGGUGCUGGACCAUAUCAUCGAGGCGUGCGAGGCGAGGCAGAAGGUCAAGAAUGCUGAGGCGGCGGAAGACGACGAUAUUCUGAGCACCAUGCUUAGAAUCAAAGAUGAGGAGGAGUUCGACUUCCCGCUCAACAUAACACACAUCAAGGCAGUCAUCAUUGUAAGUGUUCUUCCCUUUCCUUUGAAUGGAACCUUAUAAAUCAAAGAUGAACCUCCUAUCAUAUAUGUGUAGGAUUUAUUCAUAGGAGGCACCGAGACGACUUCGUCUGUGGCUGAGUGGGUCAUGUCCGAGUUCAUGAGGAACCCGGAAGCCAUGGCCAAGCCCCAAGCAGAGGUUCAGCGAGCACUCGACAGCAAGAACCCAGGCGACUACGAGUCGCUCAUGGGCUGCCUGAGCUACACCGGCAUGGUGAUCAAGGAGACGAUGAGGCUGCACCCGUCGCUCCCGCUCCUGCUUCCCCGCCUCUGCAGCUAUAGCCAUGUGGGGGGAAUGAUAGUCAAAUGAAAUUUG